UGCAAAGUCCUUCAAUACUACAUGGUUCCUCCGUUUGGUCCUCACAUGUAGUCUUCUGAUGAAUAUCAUGAGGCAUGUGUCUAUUGAUGGGUUAAGUCUGUGUGACUAGAUUGAUAAGUUGACAGGAUGCUGGAGAGCAGUGGGUGUUGACUGGAGAAGGUGUGAGGAGGUGCUCCAGUGAAGAAGUAUCUCAGCUGUGACCAGGCAUUGAGGUGAAAAGAAGUGAAACACACAUACAAGCACUAAGUACCUGUGCCAGCACAAGCCAGGCAUUCGAAGGAGAUCAGGAAGGAGGCUUACGGAAAUGACCGUGCCUAGUAUCAGCCCCAGUUGCAGUGGUGUCGCGAACGGUGUCUGGUGCAGCAACGGAGGCAGCAGUAGCAACAGCAAUCACCGACAUGGGCAAGAGCAGAGCCUGAGUCCCACAGGCCACCUCAUCACAGCCAUCUGCCUCGGUGUUAUUGGGAGUCUGGGUUUCCUGAACAACCUCCUGGUUCUGGUCCUUUUCUGCCGGAAUAAAGUUCUCCGGUCUCCAAUCAACCUGCUGCUGAUGAACAUUUCACUGAGCGACCUGAUGGUAUGCAUUGUGGGCACCCCUUUCAGCUUUGCUGCCAGCACUCAGGGCAAGUGGCUCAUUGGGCCAGCAGGCUGUGUCUGGUACGGCUUUGCCAACACCUUCUUUGGUACCGUCUCACUUAUAUCUCUGGCUGUGCUUUCAUAUGAACGAUACUGCACAAUGAUGGGAACAACAGAAGCAGAUGCCACAAAUUACAAGAAAGUAUGGAUGGGCAUCUUCUUGUCAUGGAUAUAUUCUUUAUUUUGGUCACUACCACCACUUUUUGGAUGGAGUAGCUAUGGACCUGAAGGACCAGGCACCACAUGUUCUGUGAACUGGCAUUCAAGGGAUGCUAACAACACAUCUUACAUCAUUUGCCUUUUCAUCUUUUGCCUUGUCAUUCCCUUUAUCAUUAUUGUUUAUUGCUAUGGGAAGCUGCUGUGUGCCAUCAAGCAGGUGAGUGGAGUAACCCAAGGAAUGGCACAAACACGAGAGCAACGAGUCCUGAUCAUGGUGGUUGUGAUGAUCAUUUGCUUUCUGCUUUGCUGGCUACCUUAUGGGAUUGUGGCUCUGAUUGCAACAUUUGGAAAACCCGGCUUAGUUACUCCCUCUGCCAGUAUCAUUCCUUCAGUCCUUGCAAAGAGCAGCACCGUCUACAACCCAGUCAUCUACAUCUUUUUGAACAAACAGUUUUACAGGUGCUUUUGUGCUCUUCUAAAAUGUGGCAAGAAAUCCAUCGCUUCCAGCAACAAAUGUUCUUCAAGGUCGACUCGAGUGUGUCGCAGCAUCCGGAAACAGGACAACUUCACAUUUGUUGCUGCUUCAGCAGGACAGCCUUCCUCAGACCACCAGAAUGCAAUUGUUAGCCUCCAGAAUCCAGAGCCCCCCACGGACAUAAGCCCCAAGGCAAAACAAAGAGUUUUGCUCGUAGCUCAUUACAGCGUUUGAGCAGAACAAAAACUUUCUUUGCUUUUUUUUUUGAACUGAGGAGGAGGCAGAGAUGAACAAGAAGGGAACACUGCAUUUUGUGAAUUCCUAACUUUUCAAUGAAUAAGUAAUGCAAACAGGUGUUGUCUGGAGUACAGAUAAUCUGCUGUGUAAAGUACUGUGACCCUGAAAAAGCUACAAUAGGAUCUUUGCUAAAGAUUGCUUGUGUGUCCAGCAGGUCUUUCCAAAUGUCCUUUGAAAAACUUUUCAAAGCGUAAGUGUUAAAGAUGUUAGUAGCAUUUGAAACGGAGCAUGAGUAGCCAGCUUCUAGGAUAUUAAAUGGUCAGGACUUGAUCUGGAUUAGUGCUACUUCUGGGAUGCUUCCCACCUGACUGAAUAAAGAAUAAUUGCUAGAGGGCUGCAGGGACUCUGGAAUGUACCCAGCUUGCCAUUAUUUCUGGACUUGUAGCAGGGGUACUCUGGCCAAAAUGCCUGGUCAAUACUGAAGUAGAUAAAUUGGCUAUCUGAUAUCAUUCUUCUACAAAACUAGCAAAUUCUAAUUGAUUAAUUAAGAGUUCUUAUUUGAUAAGGAGAGAAAUUAAUUCUUUAUAACUUAUUCUAUUCUAGGUAACAGUUACCUUCCAGCAUGAACUAUCAACAGUUGUCCAGAACACCCAAUAAUUUUCAAUUUGUAUGGAUAGAUUUGUAAUUAUAUUUUGACUGAAACCUAUACUAGACUUUUGACACUGUUAUACACAGUACUGAAUAUUUUAUGGCGAAUUCAUAUCUAAGCUCAACAUAUUGCCUUUUUAAAGAAAGCAGUGGGCUACUGCAAAAUAAAACAAACUCUGCUGGAAAGAAAAUGGGUUGGGAAAUUUGUGCAACUUUAAUUUAAAAGGGUAAUUAUAGAGACAUUAUAAACAAAUGUUAAAGAAUAAAGAUUUACUAGAAACAUUUCUUUUGCACUAGACAUAAAUAAACAAAUGUUAUAUUUAAGAAACACCAUUUUAUGUGCCAUUAUAAAUACAUGCUCUCUCACGUACACCAUUACAAAGAUUUAGACACUUUUCUUGCAAUCUGAAUAUUCUUGCAUUUAUGGAUAUGCAGUGGAAUCAAACCAGGCUGUGGGCAAUUUAUUGUAAUUCAGUUGAAAUGCAAUCAGAAUGCAGUUAACCCUGAAUUGACCAAUGUUGGCUAUGUUCAUCUGUAUCUGCUUCUUCAAAUAGAAGACAUGGACAUUGUUUGGCAUAUCCAGCAUGCAUAUUGCUUAAUAUGGAAAUUUGAACUAAAUAUAUAUAUA